AUGUUGCUACUUCGGCAGCCAGCUGUGGCGAGAAGAACGGCCCAUAUGGCCAAGUGCUUGACGCUGCUGGGGCUUCAGUCCCCUCGGCCUGCUGUGUAUAAACAGCUUCCAAGUCAAGGAAGAAGCUUCCACCAUUCUCCCAUUCAUGGAUCCACCAGGUCCACUGUUAUCCAAUUGUUGAACAACAUUGGCUCCAAGCGUGAGGUAGAACAGUACUUGAAGUACUUUACGUCCGUUUCGCUGCAGCAGUUUGCUGUUAUCAAGGUUGGAGGUGCCAUUAUCACACAACAGCUUCCUGAGUUGGCGCUGUGUUUGGCAUUCUUGUACCAUGUUGGUUUGUUUCCAAUUGUUUUGCAUGGCACGGGGCCUCAGAUCAACGAGCUUUUGGAGUUUGAGGGCGUCGAGCCAGAAUAUAUUGAUGGUAUCCGUGUCACCAACCCCAAGACCAUGGAGAUUGUGAGAAAGUGCUUUUUGGAGCAGAACUUGAGACUUGUCACUGCUUUGGAAGAGAUGGGCGUCCAUGCUCGUCCAAUCACAACUGGUGUGUUUGGUGCUGACUACUUGGAUAAGGACAAGUACCAGUUGGUCGGUAAGAUCGACGCUGUGAACAAGCUGCCUGUUGAGGCUGCCAUUGACUCUGGUUACUUGCCCAUUUUGACUUCCUUGGCCGAGACUCCCUCGGGCCAGUUGUUGAAUGUUAACGCUGACGUGGCUGCUUCUGAAUUGGCCAGACAAUUCGAGCCAUUGAAGAUUGUGUACUUGAACGAAAAGGGUGGUCUUGUGAACGGUCAGACCAACGAGAAGAUCUCUGCCAUCAAUUUGGACGAGGAGUACGAUGACUUGAUGAAACAACCAUGGGUCAAGUACGGUACCAAGUUGAAGCUCAAGGAGAUCCACGAUUUGUUGGAGCACUUGCCCAGAUCCUCCUCUGUGGCUAUUAUUGACGUGCACGACUUGCAGAAGGAAUUGUUCACCGACUCUGGUGCUGGUACUUUGAUCAGAAGAGGUUACAAGUUGAUCAACAGAAACUCGUUGAGCGAGUUCUCCAACCCUGACUUGUUGCGUCAAGCUCUCUUGAGAGACCCUCUGGUCAAGUCGGGCAAGAUCUCUGUGGCCUCUUACUUGAAGCAUUUGGAGAACGUUCCAUUCAGAUCCUACGGCGACGGUCCUUUGGAAGUUUUGGCAAUUGUCACUGAACAGCCUUCUGCCAGCGGUGAGGUUAUUCCUAAGUUGGACAAGUUCUUGUCUUCCAGAACCGGCUGGCUCAACAACGUUACCGACAACAUUUUCAACGCCAUGAGAAAGGACUACACCUCAUUGUACUGGGUGGUGAACGAGAAUGACGCCAACUUGGCCUGGUACUUCUCCAAGUCUGACGGUUCUUUUGCUAAGAACGGUGAGCUUUUGUUCUGGUACGGCCUCGAUACCGACCAGGCUGCUGAGCUCAUCAGACAAUUCGACGCACACAGAGUUGGUGCUGCCAUUUCUUCUGAAAACGACUCCGUUUUCUCCUCUUCUGUGAAAACCCAGAAGAGAUCCUUCCACACCAGCACAAGAAGAAGAGCACCCAACUCCACCACCAACCCAAACCCACCAAGAGUCAAGGGCACCAACACCAAGAGAGGUAAGGUUGCUCUUAUUGGCGCUAGAGGUUACGUUGGUCAGAACUUGAUUUCUCUCAUUGACAAGCACCCCCAGUUGGACUUGGCUCUCGUUUCCUCCAGAGAAUUGAACGGCCAGAAGCUUGUGGGCUACAACAAGGCCAACAUUGUCUACUCCAACUUGCAGACCGAGGACAUUUUAGAAUUGGAGAAGAACAAGGAGAUCGAUGUGUGGGUGAUGGCUCUUCCCAACGGUGUUUGUAAGCCAUUUGUGGAGGCCUUGGAAUCUGUUGAGGGUUCUACUUCCAAAAUCAUUGACUUGUCUGCUGACUACCGUUUCGACACCACCGGUGAGUGGGUAUACGGUUUGCCUGAGUUGAUCGACAGAAGCGAAAUUGCCAAUGCCAGAAAAAUCUCCAACCCUGGCUGCUAUGCUACUGCAGCUCAGGUUGCCAUCAACCCAUUGGUCAAGUACGCCUCUGGUACUCCCACCGUUUUUGGUGUUUCUGGAUACUCUGGUGCCGGAACCAAGCCUUCCAAGAAGAACGACCUUACCUACCUCACUGACAACUUGGUGCCAUACUCUUUGACCGACCACAUCCACGAAAAAGAGGUGAGCAAGCAGCUUGGCCUUGACAUUGCGUUCAUUCCCCAUGUGGCCCAAUGGUUCCAAGGUAUUUCAGCCACUGUUUCCAUCCCCAUCAAGCCUAAGUCCUUGACAGCAAGAGAAAUCAGACAAAUCUACCAGGAGCGUUUUAUGGGCGAGCAGCUCAUUGAGGUUUCUGGCGAGUCUCCAGUGGUGAAGGAUAUCAGCGGCAAGCACGGCGUUGUUGUUGGUGGUUUUGCUGUCAACUCUCAGGAAAACAGAGUUGUCAUUGUGGCAACCAUUGACAACUUGCUCAAGGGUGCUGCUACCCAGUGUUUGCAGAACAUCAACUUGACCAUGGGCUACGGCGAGUACGACGGCAUCCCCACCAAAUAG